AUGGCUAAUCUACAUAUGAGUAGUCUAUUACUGUUUGUCAUUGUGGUAGUUCUCUCAUCUUCGUCACUGGUUUCUUCAUCUUCUUUGAAGGUGGGCUUUUAUAAAUCAUCAUGUCCAUCUGCUGAAGAUAUAGUAAGAAAAGCCGUGCACAAAGCUGUUUCUGCCAACCCCCGCAUCGCUGCUGGCUUGAUCAGAAUGCAUUUCCACGACUGCUUCGUGAGGGGUUGUGAUGGCUCUGUGUUAAUAGAAUCUACACCUGGAAAUAUAGCUGAGAGAGACCAUCCAGCCAACAACCCUAGCCUACGAGGCUUCGAGGUGAUUGAGGAAGCCAAGGCUCAAAUUGAAGCUGUGUGUCCUCAGACUGUUUCAUGUGCAGACAUUGUUGCUUUUGCUGCUCGAGACAGUGCCUAUAACGUUGGCGGAAUCAACUAUAAUGUCCCCGCAGGACGAAGAGAUGGUCGUGUCUCUAUCAUGGGCGAAAUCCAAGGCAAUUUGCCUCCACCCUUCUUCAAUACCGAGCAAAACAUCGAGCUUUUUGGACGAAAGGGAUUAUCAGUGGACGAAAUGGUGACACUUUCAGGAGCCCAUUCCAUUGGUGUAUCACACUGUUCUUCCUUCUCCAAUCGCUUAUACUCUUUCAAUGCUACACACCCACAAGAUCCUUCGAUGGAUCCUACGUUUGUUGAAAUGCUGAAAACUAAGUGUCCACCACCAAGCAACAACAUUAAUAAUGGUGGUUUUAGUGAUCCAACUGUUUCACUCGAAGCUUCGACCCCGAACCGUUUGGAUAAUAGAUAUUACUCAGGACUGGAGAAUCAUAGAGGCGUGUUGACUUCAGAUCAAACAUUGUAUGAAAGUAAGUUGACGAGGCAAAUGGUGGCUCACAAUGCCAAAGAUGGCUCAACCUGGGCCUAUAAGUUUGCUAAAGCCAUGGUUCACAUGGGUUCGAUAGAAGUGCUCAGUGGCUCACAGGGCGAGAUCAGAAAGCGAUGUGGUGCUAUUAAUUAAUUAAAAAUA